GCAGGAAAAACAUACAUUGAAUCUUUUGAAUUAUUGAAUGGACAAUGAUGAAUUAUCAAAGGGAAAAUGUCAUCUGUUAAAAAUGCUAGAGCUAUUUUGAUCCUUUUAUCGGCUUCAGAUUUUGAAAACUCCACAUUUUCUUACAACGCAAGCCUAAAAAUUGAAUAUUUAGAACAGAAUGUCUCAGUUUAUGAUACCAUUUUAAUUUUUCUAACAUGCAUAGUGAGUGUAUUGGCCACGUUAGGAAAUUUAUUGGUUAUUUACUUUUAUUUUUUUAACAAAAGACUACAAACCGUCAAUAACUUUCCUUUACUUUCUCUUUCAGUGGCAGAUUUGAUUGUCGGACUUUAUCCAAUAAACGCAAACACGCUUGAAGCAGUUUUAGGGUAUUGGCCUUUUACUAAUUUGUUUUGUGAAUUUACUUUAGUUUUAGAUUACUUAUGCUGUCAGUCUUCAAUUUAUCAUAUAAUAAUAAUCAGUAUCGAUCGUUAUUUAUUAAUUAAACAACCUUUAAAACAUCGAGGAGACAGAAGAAAAUAUGCUAUGAAAUUAAGCAUACUGCUCCUUUGGAUGGUAUCUUUCUUUUUAUGGGCACCAUCUAUAACAAUAAAUAAGUAUGCUUUUGGAAGAUCAUCCGAAAGGUUAUGUUAUAAAGGUUUUCUAAGAUUUGAUAAAAUGAGCAUUUACAGCUUUGACGCCUACAUUCUUAUAACGUCUGUUGGAUUGGGGUAUUUUAUUGUUCUUCCCGUUGUAAUCUUCAUAUAUAUAAAAAUAUAUUUUUUAAUAAAAAUUCAAAAUAAGAUUAUACCUACCGCGUGUUGUUAUGACAACCGUUAUCACAACCGUAUUUUAAUAACUGAAGGCUCUACAGUAACGCUAGACGGCUCAAAAGCUGAAAUUUCGAACGAUGUUAAACUUAAAAAAAAACAGAGCAAUGAAAGUGUCAAGAAUUUGAAAACAAGUUAUCUCUUAAAACAAAAAGAUCUUAUAAGACAUAAGAAAUCAUUAAAAGUAAUAAUACGUAUACUAUUGGUCUUUGUUAUAACCUGGUUUCCAUAUAAUCUGCAAAUGAUGUUGCUUCCGUAUUGCCUUAAUUGUUUCAACAGACUUGCGUUUGAUAUUAGCAAUGUUUUAUCUUACUCAAACUCAGCAGUAAAUCCAUUUGUAUAUGCAUUUGUGAGUCCAGAAUUUCGGUCAUCUUUUUAUAAAAAAAUUAAAAAAAUAUUUAGAUUCUAGUUUUCAAAAAAAUAUUUAAAUUCUAGUUUUCAAAAAAAU